UUUUUACGACCCAUGUGUUGUUUCUGCUCCGGUAACAUUCUUUAUAUUAAAACGAGCGUUGCGUGAAGUAAUGGUAGUGGAUAUGUGGUAGGAUCGUUUACUUUAUCAUCCGCUAUUUGGCUGCGAGCUCCAGUUCCGACUGAUCUGCUAACUUAAGCGACGACUUCACGAUCUUAUAUUUAUAGUGGAGGCAGGAAUGAGUGGGAGAAGGAGAGGGAAGCCAAACCGUGGAGGGAGCCGUUUCAACAAACCCCGUGGAGGUGGUAGGGGAGGAGGCGGCAGCAAGAAGGGAGCCAGCAGUGGCUGGGAUGAUGGCGAAGACUUUAGCCUUGACUUCUGCUCCGGCCGAUCAAACAAAAACAAUCAUGGAGGAAUGUGGAGUGCCAAUACUGGCCGAGGAAGAGGAGGAGUAGGAAAGGGAGGCAGGGGAAGGAGCAGGGGCACUGGGAUGGGCGUGCCAAAGUCCCUCCUGAGUGAGCGUCCCAGGAUGAGGCGGACCGACGAGAGCGGUCGGCCCGGGCCUGACCUAUCGCAGAUGCCUCUGCAGAGGAUCCACAUGACCUCAGAGAAUCAGGCGCUGGUGAAGGAGCUGCUGCGAGAGCUGCAGACUCAGGACUUCGAGGACCCUGACGAAGAGUCAGGUUCUGAACCCGAGGAGGAAGCGGAAGAAGAGUAUGAUGAACUAGACUACCGUGAGGACGGACAGUACUGGGAGACUCAUGAUGAGCUGAUGGAGAGAGCGGAAAGUCCUUCGGAUCCUUCAUUGGAAGCAGAAACUGAGGAGGGGAGUCGUGUCUCUGAGCCGACAGUCUCUCUUUUUGCUGUUGGGAAACUGUGCAGGUAUGGUUUCGAUAGAGAGCGUGGCAAGCGAGCACUGGAAGCCGGGACUGGCGAGGUGGGGGCCACCCUGGAGCAGCUGCUCCUGCAGGUUUUCUCAGAGCGAUAUGGGCCCAGUGCUUCCAUCCCCGAGGGCCUACAGAGCAUCCCCAUGGAUGAGUGCGUUGCCCAGAGGCAGGAGGAGGCAUUGGCACUUGCGGCCAUCUUCGGGGAGCGCUUCACAGAACGCAUCGUCAACAGUGUGUGGACCGUCUCCCUGGACCCGCACCUCUUCUCCAAGCCUUUGGAGGGCGUCCAGGACAGCACCGCGCAGAAGUUAGCCUCAGUCAACUUGAAGGAUGUCUGCAGGUUCUACCUGAAGGGAGCAGGGUGCAGGUUCGGCGAAAAGUGCAAAUUCAAGCACCAGGUUCCCUCGGACCUGAAACAGCCCGCGGACCCAGCGGGGCCGAGUCGUCCGGGUUUCAGCAGCUGCUCUCCCCCUGAAUACGAGCUGGAGGUUCGCUUUCCCAAAGACAACCGCUACCCCUUUCAGGCGGCCCUGGUGGCCUUCAGCACCAAUGACGAGAAGAUUAGCUCGGCCGGCCGGCUUCAGGUCACAGAGUACCUCUAUGGCGAGGCUCUGGCUUCUGCCCAGUCUGGCGAGCCGGCAGUCUACACGCUUAUCACCUGCUUUGAGGACGAGGCCAGGAUCAUGGAGCUGCUGGCGGCCUCCCAUCACAAAUACAGCUCUCCCCUCCCUGUGGUGAUGCCACCUAGCGCCCCCCUGAGGCCCAAGGCCGCAAGGGGCACCACAAGCAAAAUGGAAGCUGGCAGCACUAACAGCAUAUGCAGCAAGCAUCUGGAAGAGACGGAGAUCUUAGAUCAGAGGUUCAGAGACGGAGGUCUUGGACAGUUACCAGAAGAGCAAGAGGAGCAGGAGCAGGAGGACGAGGUGCAGGAGGUGCCCAUGGAGAAGGAGAGCUACGUCAAGCUGAGGAAGAAGCUGACGGAGAAAUACGCAGCCAGAAAGGAGGCCCUCCAGCAGGAUAAUGCCAAGCUGUGCCGGCAGUUUCGGACCAAACAGUCCUCCAGGCGCUAUCUCUCAAUGCUCCAGGAGAGGCAGAACCUCCCAGCUUGGCAGGAGAAGGAGCGGGUUCUGUGUCGGCUGAAGAAAUGUCAGGUGUUGGUCGUGAGCGGAAUGACUGGGUGUGGCAAGACCACCCAGAUCCCGCAGUUCAUCCUGGACGACAGCCUGAAGGGGCCCCUACACCGGGUGGCCAACAUCAUCUGCACGCAGCCGCGCCGCAUCUCCGCUAUCUCCGUGGCCGAGCGCGUGGCACAGGAGCGCGCCGAGCGCCUCGGCAACUCCGUGGGCUACCAGAUCCGCCUGGAGACCGUCCGGUCCUCGCUGACCCGGCUGCUGUACUGCACCACGGGGGUCCUGCUCCGGAGGCUGGAGGGGGAGCCCGAACUGGGAGGGGUGACCCAUGUCAUCGUGGAUGAGGUGCACGAGCGCACGGAGGAGAGUGACUUCCUGCUGCUGGUCCUGAAGGAUGUGAUGGCCCAGCGGCCGGACCUGAAGGUCAUCCUGAUGAGCGCCACGCUCAACGCUGACCUCUUCUCCCAGUACUUCUGUGGCUCUGAGACGGUCCACAUCCCAGGUCGCACAUUCCCCGUCGACCAGUUCUUCCUGGAGGAUGCCAUUGCCAUGACCAGGUAUGUCAUGGAAGACGGCAGCCCGUACGCACGGUCUGGGAAGCCAGGACCUCAAUCUGGCAGGAAGACCAGUAGCGGGAACCCAGUGGACCAGCUUGGAGACGACAUGUGGUCCUUCAUGUCCUUCCAGAAGAAGGACUUUGUCAAGGACUCCGUCCCUGACCAGCAGCUGAACCUGCAGGAACUCGCGGUCAGAUACAAAGACACCCAGAAGUCUGUGCUGAAGACCCUAGCCUCCAUGGAUCUCGACAAGAUCAACAUGGACCUGGUAGAGUGCCUGCUGGAGUGGAUAGUGGAUGGGCAACAUAACUACCCACCAGGAGCUAUCCUGGUGUUUAUGCCAGGCCUGAGUGAGAUCAAGAUGUUGUACGAGCAGUUGCAGUCCAACAGGCUGUUCAACAACCGGAAGGAUAAGCGAUGCGUCGUGUACCCGCUGCACUCCUCACUGACAAACGAGGAGCAGCAGGCUGUGUUCAGCCGUCCCCCCAAGGGCGUGACCAAGAUCAUCAUCUCCACCAACAUCGCCGAGACGUCUGUCACCAUCGAUGACGUGGUCUACGUGGUCGACUCGGGCAAGAUGAAGGAGAAGAGGUAUGACGCCAGCAAGAGCAUGGAGAGUCUGGAGGACUUGUGGGUGUCCCGCGCCAACGCGCUUCAGAGGAAGGGCAGAGCCGGCCGUGUCGCUUCAGGCGUCUGCUUCCACCUCUUCACCAGCCACUGCCUCAAGCACCAGCUGGCAGAGCAGCAGAUCCCGGAGAUCCAGCGGAUCCCACUAGAGCGGCUCUGCCUCAGGAUCAAAGUGCUGGACGUGUUCGCGGAGCGCCCCCUGGAGGAUGUCUUCUCGCGUCUGAUCGAGCCGCCGCUGCCGGGGGGCCUGGACGCGGCGAAGCAGCGGCUGCAGGACCUGGGCGCCCUGACGCCCGAGGAGAAGCUGACGCCGCUGGGCUACCACCUGGCCUGCCUGCCCGUGGACGUGCGCAUCGGCAAGCUCAUGCUCUUCGGCGCCAUCUUCCGCUGCCUAGACCCAGCGCUCACUAUCGCCGCCAGCCUGGCCUUCAAGUCCCCCUUUGUCUCUCCGUGGGACAAGAGGGAGGAAGCCAAGCAGAUGAAGCAGUCCUUCGCCGUGGCCAACAGCGACCAUCUGGCCUUGCUGCAGGCGUACAAGGGCUGGUGUGCUGCUGCAAAGAAGGGCAACCAAGCUGGAUUCCACUUCUGCAGGGAGAACUUCCUGUCUGCGAGAGUUCUGCAAGAGAUCGCCAGUCUGAAGAGGCAGUUUGCCGAGCUGCUGUCGGACAUCGGCUUCGUGAAGGAGGAGCUGAAGGCCAGAGACAUAGAGCGCUUGACCUCCCGGGGAACAGACGGCAUCCUGGAGGGCACAGGGUUUGAGGCCAACCUGAACUCUGACAACAUCAAGCUGAUAUCUGCCAUCCUCUGUGCAGCUCUUUACCCCAACGUGGUCCAGGUGAGGGCGCCGCAGGGGAAGUACAAGCUGACGAGCAAGGGGGCCAUGAAGAUGCAGCCGAAGGCAGAGGAGCUGCGCUUUGUGACCAAGACCGAUGGCUGCGUACACAUCCACCCCUCCUCCAUUAACUACGCGGUCCGGCACUACGACAGUCCCUACCUGGUGUACCACGAGAAGGUGAAAACCAGCCGCGUGUUCAUCCGUGACUGCAGCAUGGUGUCUGUGUACGCACUGGUGCUGUUCGGCGGAGGGCAGGUCAGCAUCGAGCUGCUCAGGGGGGAGUUCGUCGUGUCCCUGGACGACGGCUGGAUCCGCUUCGCCGCCGCGUCGCACCAGGUAGCUGAGCUUGUGAAGGAGCUACGCUGGGAGCUGGACCAACUGCUGGAGGACAAGAUAAGGAACCCCAGCAUGGACCUGUGCAGCUGCCCCCGGGGCUCGCGCAUUAUCAGCAUGAUUGUCAACCUGAUCUCCACCCAGUGAAUUGUGGAGAGGCAGUGACCACCGCGUGCAGAAUGUAUUCCCGUUGGGUUUACAUGUGUUUCUACUGCCGACUGUUGUCUGUUUUAUGUGGCUUUGAAAACGAGUGUCCCCUCCCGGUAUAUCGGUACUGCUCAUGAGCAAGAAAUUGUUGCACUUUUUUAUGUUUAAUUGUGUGUGAGAUGUUGCACACAUCCUGUAAUGCGUUUUGAGUCCACGUUGGCUUUUCUUAUAAAGAAAUACCAGUGCUGGUGAUGUUAAAAGUAAGUUAUGGGGUUCGGUGACUGUUUCCGGGUUUGUUAUGCAUUUGCGUUUAAAACGCAGGUUAAACUUUAAGUGUUCAUUCGCAAAAGAAAACCAUAGGAUGGAGUUAAAUUUAGGCAACCGAAUAUCAACUGUAAAGAAGGACAGUUAAAACGUGCCGAUAAAAAUGUUUUAUAAUUACACGUGAGAGAGUGUCACAACAGCCUUUCAUUGAAUGAUUAAGAAAGACCAGUGAAGUACCUGAUCGCGAAGUUGUGGAAGAAACGGACAGCAACGCAUUAAUAGCUGAAUAAUUUGUUUAAACAAAAAUCUAAUUGAAGUGCCAAAUACAAUAAAAGCAUGUGAAUUGUACAGUUCUGCUAUAAAAGGUAUUUAAACCAAAAUGA